AUGGAUGUAGGAUCAAACACAAACAAGCAGUCCUCAUCGGGUUCAGUUCCUAUGGUGAUACGGUACUUGGUCACUUCGCUGGUGAAGCUCUGUGUUGAUGCCAGCGUAUACGCACGCGCACGACCACGACACGGAGAGGGAGACGGCAGCACACCAUUGGGCGAGUGGGAGAAGGUCACUGUG